GACUUUGACGAUGAUGAUGGUGGUAAAGUGAAAUUGAAAUGCGGUGGAGAUUGUUCCAUGGAUGGGAAGUCUAACCUUCCGAUCAAGCCAGAUUCUUCUUCCCCGGACUUCCUCCGCCACGUUCAAGCCGCCUUAAAGCGUCACCGUCCUCUCGGUCAAUCCAAUAUCAUUAGACCAAGACGCACCAUUAUUCCUCAACCUCAAACUUCCACCACUGUUGUUAACCCUUCUCAACAUGCAAACAAACUUCAACAGGGGGCCAAUGAUGAAAAGGCCAUUGAUUUGGAGAAUUUGUCUUCUUAUAUGGGUUCACUUGGAUUCACAGAAAUGGAGUAUGUUGAAGGCAAUGAACCUGAAGAUUCAAUUGGAAUCAAUGAUGAUAAUUCAAAGCAACCCAAAAUUCAGCAGGUUGAGGCUGAUUUUAGUUUGAGAUCCGACGGAGGAAUGCAGCAGUUUAGAAACUUUCUAAGUCAGCCAGCGACGCAAUCUUCGGUGGUGGGACCUUCGUGUGCUACAACUACUUCGGUUCAUUCAACUUCAGCUCCUAUGAUGAAUUCAACUACCCGUUUGCAUCGAGAAAGUGGCUUGCGCGUGGAUGCUGGUGUUUAUCCUAUAGCUGAAAGAGUUAUGGAAUCAGAAAAUAAAGAUACUUCUGUGGAAAAAGAUGAUAAAAUGUUAGUUGAUAAGGCUGUAACUUCGAUGCAAGCUUCUGAUUCUUGUAUCGAUGCCGAGUUGGCAUCUAGACAGAGUUAUCCAUCUAAGGAGCAACAGGAAUGCAUGUUAAAAGAAACCUGCAAUUCAAAACAUGCUUCUUGUGAUGGUGACAAGAUGACUGAAGUGAAAGAGCCUGCAGAUGUUGCCAAUGUACACCGUCUGGUGCCCAAAACAUCAUCUUUGGAUGUGAAAUCUGAAUCUUCUAAAUUAGAAAAACGAGAGAAGGCUGCGAGUAGUAAAGGUUCGUCAAUCGCUAAGAAAAGGUCCUAUGACCCUGACUUGUUUUUUAAGGUUAAUGGCAAGCUUUAUCAACGUCUUGGCAAGAUAGGUAGCGGUGGAAGCAGUGAGGUGCACAAGGUUAUUUCAUCAGAUUGUAGGAUAUAUGCACUUAAGAAGAUCAAACUCAGGGGUCGUGAUUAUGCUACUGCAUACGGGUUUUGUCAAGAGAUUGAGUAUCUAAAUAGACUGAGAGGAAAGGAUAAUAUUAUACAGCUUAUAGAUUAUGAGGUGACUGACAAGGCUUUGCUUGAACAAGUUAUGAAAGGCUCUCUUAGUAAUAAGGAUGGCCGAGUCAAAGAUGAUGGAUAUAUAUACAUGGUUCUUGAAUACGGUGAAAUUGAUUUAGCUCACAUGUUGUCCCAGAAGUGGAAGGAGCUGGAUGGAUCCAAAGAGACAAUAGACGAGAACUGGCUUCGAUUUUAUUGGCAGCAAAUUCUUCAAGCUGUCAAUACAAUUCACGAGGAACGUAUUGUGCACUCUGACUUGAAGCCUGCUAACUUCCUCCUCGUCAAGGGUUCCCUAAAACUGAUUGACUUUGGUAUCGCCAAAGCAAUAAUGAGUGAUACAACUAAUAUCCAACGGGAAUCACAGGUGGGUACUCUGAGUUACAUGUCUCCGGAAGCAUUUAUGUGCAAUGAGACUGAUGCAAACGGAAACAUCAUCAAGUGCGGUCGGCCAUCAGAUAUCUGGUCUUUGGGAUGCAUCCUAUAUCAAAUGGUAUAUGGGAGAACCCCUUUUUCAGAAUUCAAGACAUUCUGGGCCAAAUUUAAAGUUAUAACAGAUCCAAAUCACGAAAUUACGUAUGAACCACUUUCAAAUCCGUGGCUAGUGGAUCUUAUGAAGAGGUGUCUAGCAUGGGAUCGCAAUCAAAGGUGGAGAAUUCCUCAGUUACUCAAACAUCCUUUUCUUGCACCUCACGUACUACCUCACCCAUCUUUGUCCCAAGAUCAUAGCUGUAAAUUUGUACAACUAAUUGCUGAAACUUGUACAUAUGACCCCGAAGCAUCACAACUUUGUCAUCAGCUCCAACGUCUACUUGUUGAUCCACUUGAGUUGACGAAUCACUCGCUAAAUUCACGAGAUCAACAAAGAACACUGUUGUCCAAAAUGUCUGAACUCUGUAUUCAGCUGCAGGAACGUUUGAUGUAUACUGAUGAUACCAAGUAAUUGGUGGCUGGCUAUUCAUUUUUUUGGGGGUUUUUUUGUUCAAAUAUGUUUUCCCAUAUUAUGUAGAGUAGGUUGGUUAGUGUGUAGCUAGUGAAUAGAUAUAGUACAUGUCUUGUAAAUGUUAAGGUAAUGAAAAUGAUUGUGUUUGAAAUUGCAAA